AUUCAGCUGUCAACCCAGAAUCAGAUACCUGCAAUAGCAACAAAUCUAAAUUUUCAUUAUUCUAAUGUCCACUUGUGCAUUGCAGAAUAUAAAAAUAAAUUACUCUGUAUAAAUAAGGGUAACGUAGAAUUUUGAAAUUAAACUUGUCCUCACACGGGAUGGCGUAGUCAAAUAUCUUCUUUCAAAAUAAUACUCCUGUAUUGAAGUUGGGGUAGCUUUCCUUGUUCAAAUUAAGCAACGCGGGGCCUCCAUGAACUCUACAGGACUUGCUAGUAUCAGUGAUAGAUGGAAGAGUCGCUGGGGAAUAACCAGGAUUGUUGCCAUAUCAUUGGUGAUUGGAGUUGUACUCGUUUCUUAUUCAUUGCCUGUCUUCUUUCCAUCAAGGGCUUGUCAGGUUCCAGCAAUUUACAACUUUGGAGAUUCAAACUCUGAUACAGGCAGUAGCUCAGCAACCUUCGGACGUCUUCCUUCUCCCUAUGGUGAGACUUUCUUCGGCAAACCUUCUGGCCGCUGUUCUGAUGGGCGUCUAGUCAUUGAUUUUAUAGCUGAGGAAUUAGGACUACCAUACCUGAGUGCAUAUCUUGAUUCCAUGGAUUCAGAUUUCAAACAUGGAUCAAAUUUUGCUGUUAGUGGAUCCACCAUUCAACCCGCGGAUGGAAAAUUGUUUGGUGCAGGUUUUAACCCCUUAUCUCUCAGUAUACAGCUUUCACAGUUUCAACAGUUUAGAGACCGCACCAUUGAGUUAUACAAACAAGAUAGAAAACUGUGGAGAGAAAGCCGCCUUCCAGGGCCAGAGGACUUCUCCAAGGCACUUUAUACUUUGGAUUGUGGGCAGAAUGAUCUUCAUUUUGGGCUUAUAUCUAUGAUAGAUGAGGAGAAAGUAGUGGCAUCCAUUCCCAGUCUAAUCAAUCAGUUUGCUAUAGCCAUAGAGAAACUCUACCAAGAAGGAGCAAGAACAUUUUGGAUACAUAAUACUGGUCCUAUUGGCUGCUUGCCCUUUCCUGUCAUAAAGCAUCCCCCAAAGCCUGGAAAUGCAGACCAAAUUGGCUGUGUGAAGUCUUAUAAUGAUGUGGCUCAAGAAUUCAACAAGCAGCUUAAGGAAAAGGUUUCCAAAGUAAGGACUCAACUCUUGGAUGCAGUGCUUAUUCUUGUUGAUAUCUACUCGGCUAAAUAUUCUCUCAUUAGCAAAGCAAACAAAUAUGGUUUUGAUAAUCCCUUGGGUUACUGUUGUGGGCACCAUGAGGAUCAUAUAGUCGAAUGUGGGAAGACAAUAGAAUUAGCGAAUGGAACUAAUGUUUAUGGAGGUUCUUGCAGUGAUCCUUCAAAAUACAUUAGCUGGGAUGGCAUACAUUAUACUGAAGCAGCAAAUCAAUGGGUAGCUAACCGCAUCAUAGAUGGCUCACUUUCAGAUCCUCCAACACCCGUCGUCAAAGCAUGUAGCUAGCCUUUUUUUUUUACACUGUUUGGCUAAAAUUGUCCCUGUACAAUGAUGCUGAUAGAGCCUCUUCAAAAGAUGAAUAAAACAAUGAUUUGUUCUCA